CUUGCCGUGCCCUCUCUCCCGCCGCCCGUGCCCUGCCGGUCUCGGCCCACCGUCUCACGCUCGCCACCGUGCGUGCUGAAAAAAAGAAGAGCGAUUUUCUUUCCUCGCCCCGGAAUGGAGACAACCGGUCGCCCUGGCGCGGCCCCGCCCUUUGAUUCCCUCUGCCUGGGCGCCGCCCGCUACGGGACGCCAGCAACUACCAGCGUCCCGACAAAGGCCGCCCCGCCUAAUCAGCCUCACUCGCACGAGCGCGCGCGCGUGAGCCAGCAUCCAACGCUAACGGCGGGCGAUCCCUCUCAUCUCUGCCGGUUUCCCGACCCGAGUCAUCAUCCUCUUACGACUUGGCCUCGGGAGAGUUAUCCCCUCGCCACGCCACUGAGCGCAAACUCUGCCCGCUCGCUGAGCUAGCUCGGCUUCGCCUGAAAUUGUUGGGCUAUUGGCCUCGGGCGCCGUGAUGAUCCAGGGCGUCCUGUCGCGCGCGUCCGCCGCCGACGCCGCGGCGAUGAAGGCCAAGCGGGUGGCGCCGAUCCCGGAGGACGAGGAGGCCGCCAUGGUCGGCGCGCGGGGGAAGCGGCUGCAGCUGCACAGCUCUGGCGUGCAGCAGCAGCAAGAGGCGCCGGCGGAGGAAGGGAAAGUGGUGGUGGUGGAAGCGGCGGCGGAGACGCGGGGGCUGCGGCUGCUGAGCCUGCUGCUGCGUUGCGCGGAGGCCGUGGCCAUGGACAGCCUCCCGGAGGCGCGCGACCUCCUGCACGAGAUCGCGGAGCUCGCCUCCCCCUUCGGCACCUCCCCGGAGCGCGUCGCGGCAUACUUCGGGGACGCGCUGUGCGCGCGCGUGCUCAGCUCCUACCUGGGCGCCUACUCCCCGCUCGCCCUCGCCUCCGCCCAGCAGAGCCGCCGCGUGGCCUCGGCGUUCCAGGCCUACAACGCGCUCUCCCCGCUCGUCAAGUUCUCCCACUUCACCGCCAACAAGGCCAUCCUGCAGGCGCUCGACGGCGAGGACCGCGUCCACGUCGUCGACCUCGACAUCAUGCAGGGCCUCCAGUGGCCGGGCCUCUUCCACAUGCUCGCCUCCUCCCGGCCCAGCAAGCCGCUGCUCUCGCUCCGGAUCACCGGGCUCGGCGCGUCCCUCGAAGUCCUCGAGGCCACGGGCCGGCGGCUCGCCGACUUCGCGGGCUCGCUCGGCCUGCCCUUCGAGUUCCGGCCCAUCGAGGGGAAGAUCGGCCACGUGGCGGACACCGACGUGCUCCUCCUCGGCCGGGACGAGGGGGAAGCCACCGUGGUGCACUGGAUGCACCACUGCCUCUACGACGUGACGGGAUCCGACGCCGGGACGGUGCGCGUGCUCCGGAGCCUGCGCCCGAAGCUGGUCACCAUCGUGGAGCAGGACCUGGGCCACGGCGGCGACUUCCUGGGCCGGUUCGUGGAGGCCCUGCACUACUACUCGGCCCUGUUCGACGCGCUGGGCGACGGCGCCGGGCCCGAGGAAGAGGAGGCCCAGCAGCGGCACGCGGUGGAGCGGCAGCUCCUGGGCGCGGAGAUCCGGAACAUCGUGGCCGUCGGCGGGCCGAAGCGGACGGGCGAGGUGAGGGUGGAGCGGUGGGGCGACGAGCUGCGGCGCGCCGGGUUCCGGCCCGUGUCCCUGUCCGGUGGCCCCGCCGCGCAGGCCAGGCUGCUGCUCGGCAUGUGCCCGUGGAAAGGAUACACGCUGGUGGAGGAGGACGGGUGCCUCAAGCUUGGAUGGAAGGACCUCUCGCUGCUCACCGCAUCGUCCUGGGAGCCGACGACAACGGACGGCGACGAAGAAGACGACCUCGGCGCCGCUGCCCGGCAAGAAGAAUGCCACGGUUCUUGAUUAUUGGGAGUUCACUUGCUGCGUGUGCUAAUCUUUGCAGCUUCUCCUGCUCCUCCACCCUUUAAUUUGUUCUUCCAAUUCUGGCCCAUAAUUAAGUUUGUGAUAUAAUCGUAUAGGCUUAACCGAUAAUUCGUUCUUCACCAAGGUCCAGACUAUCAUUCGUUGUUGGCACGCUUCAGUU